GACGCUAGGCGGGCGGGAGGCCCUGGUUCAGCGUCACUCACGUCGACUCGGUCUCCUCGGUCGUGUGUCCGAACCUCUCCUGUCCGUGACGUACGAUAUCCAAAUCCUACCGGUACUAAUUUGAGCGUGCCGUUUUCCCGAAGUAUCAUUUUAAAAAUAAAUAAACCUCUCAUUCAUUUAAAUAAAUUUUCAUCGUUUUAAUCUCGUUUCCGUUUAUUUAACAGUUCAUUUCAUAGUUUUAAAAUUUAUUUUGUUGUGUCUUUAAGAUUAAAUAAAUUGAAUAGCUUAACUGUGACUUUCGACUAGACAUUUGUGAUUGAGAAAAAGAAUAUUUGGAUUAUAGGAGAAGUGAAAAGUGUCCCAAGUCAAAGGCGCCAGUUUCAAGUUGCCGAUCUCAUUUACAUCUUUUAAAUAGAUUGGAACCAAAACCAGCGAAAUUCUUAAGAUAUUAAACAAAGCGUGCUUCAAACAACAGUUCACUUCUAAAUUUGAAAAGUUUUGAACGGGAUCAAACGAGCGGGAUUUAAAUCUUACCCUGCCUGCAGUGCGUGCCAAGAGCCCCAGAGUCCCAGCCAUUAGAUUGAGUGGAGUGUCCCCUGCCCACACGUAGCCCUGUACGCAGCCAAAAUUCCGCGAGAUACAACGGACACCUCCUCCAGCAUGGAUCUGGAGAAAGCCCCCACUCUCCAUGAAGAAGACUCCAAAGUUACCCUCACUAUCAGAUUGAUUAUGCAGGGGAAGGAGGUUGGCAGCAUCAUUGGAAAAAAAGGCGAAAUUGUUAAAAGAUUCAGAGAAGAGUCUGGAGCUAAAAUCAAUAUAUCAGAUGGAUCAUGUCCAGAGCGAAUUGUUACAGUCACUGGCAACACGAGUGCUAUAUUCAAAGCUUUCACACUCAUCUGCAAGAAGUUUGAAGAGUGGUGCUCACAGUUCAACGAGGGCGGCGGCGGCGGCUCGCGCGCGCCCAUCACGCUGCGGCUCAUCGUGCCCGCGUCGCAGUGCGGCUCGCUCAUCGGCAAGGGCGGCUCCAAGAUCAAGGAGAUCCGUGACGUCACGGGCGCCAACAUACAGGUUGCAAGUGAGAUGCUUCCAAACUCAACUGAGAGAGCGGUGACAAUCAGUGGCACAUGCGAUGCUAUAACGCAGUGCAUUUAUCACAUUUGCUGUGUUAUGCUCGAGAGUCCACCAAAAGGUGCAACAAUUCCAUACAGACCAAAGCCAAAUGUCGCAGGACCUGUCAUACUAGCUGGCGGACAAGCCUACACAAUACAGGGAAAUUACGCCGUACCGGCGCAAGAUGCGGUGUGCGCGCCCGUGUUCCCCGUGCUGGAGAUGAAGCCGCCCCUGGUGGGCGCGCUGCCUCCCGCGCACCUGCUGCCGCCGCUGCACGAACACCACCUUAUGGGUGGGCUAGCUAAGUCACCGUUAGCAGGAUUAGCUGCUCUCGGACUUGGAGGUCUCGGACCAGCGAAUACUGGCGGUCUUAAUCCAGCAGCGCUGGCGGCGCUGGCCGGCUCGCAGCUGCGCACGUCCAACCAGACGCGCAACACGCCCGCCACCAACCAGCAGUCGCACGAGAUGACGGUGCCCAACGAGCUCAUCGGCUGCAUCAUUGGCAAGGGUGGCACCAAAAUCGCAGAAAUUCGCCAAAUCUCAGGCGCAAUGAUCCGGAUAUCGAAUUGUGAGGAGCGCGAGGGUGGGAGCACCGACCGCACCAUCACGAUCUCCGGCAACCCUGACUCCGUUGCUCUGGCCCAGUAUCUCAUCAAUAUGAGGAUCACGAUGGAGACGGCGGGGCUGCCGCUGCCCGGCUACCACUACAUCGCGCCCAACCACAUCGUCAAGGCGCCGAUCCAUUGAAUGGGGCUCCGUGGCCAGACUUCCAGCAUUGCAACCAAGUUCUACAACACCGACCGCUACUACAUCCAACCGCAAUACGGGAAUCUGGCUCCGAUGUACUUCUUCAAAUAAAAUAAAAACAUAUCGACCAAACGAUCGGGAAACGAGAGGGAAAGCGAUCGGCGAAGAGCUGAAUGUAUGUUUACAUUUGUUACGAGUUUAUAAGUAUUUUAGAUAUUCUUAUAUUUAUUCUCCAAUGUUUGAUUGAUUGGAGUUCACCCGUCGGUCGUGUGAUCGAUUGUCGAGAGUGGUAGUUCGGCACUCGAAUGAUGAAAACUAAUUAAAGGACUGAAAUUUUGAAUAUUUAUUCGGUCCGUGAACAGUGCACGACGAUAAAUAUGAGGAGCGCAUAAUAGAAAUCUAUAAUUUUUUGCCUUUGUUCACUGUUCAGGGAAUAAGAUUUCCGACGUCGGGAGUGACUAAGCUGAUCGAAUUUACUACGGAUUUAAGCGGUCAAAUAAUUCUAUAUUCGGUUGGAUCUUUCAUUAUUUAUGAUCGGUAGAGGACUGAUCGGAAAUAAACAAAUGUUCGAAAUUAUUUAAUCGAGCGUCGGCGUACAUUAGAUGUAGAUGCGUUACAAUCGACCUCGGAUCUGCUGACGUAGCUUAGCGUUAGACUAGCGAACAGAGUGAGAGGGUUAAAGACAAUAUUUGUAAAUAACAUAAUCGUAAUUACCUGGAAAAUUAGGUGUUACAGUAAGCACUCUUACAUUCUUGCGUUUAAUGGCAAUUUUGUUCCAAAAAUCGUAUGUUAUUGAUUACUUGAACUGCACCGAGAAACAUUUUUGUUUGGAGGUGCGACCGGUUGUUUCGGAAGUCAUUUCAAUUGAAAGAAAGUUCGGACGCUCUUGACAUUAUGAUAAAUUGUUUUUUCUUGCGAUUUUUGAUAUAUUCUACUCGUACAAAAUUGUCAUUAAUAGCCAGUUUGUAAGUUUUACAAGGUCCGUCGUGCGAACGCGAUGUGGCUUUACGAAACCGAUGGGAUCAAAUCCUUUAAGAAACUUACAUUAACAGAGAAACGGUGGCGAACUGAAACAUUCAGUAUAUUAUAUUUUAAAAUAUCGUCUAUUAUCACAAAAAAAGACGUUAGAUGUAAAAUAGUGUUACUAAAUGUGAUAGUCUUCUAAUUUAUUUAACAUUUGAAGAAUUCUAACAUAAACACCUCGUGUACAUCGGCAACAGCGUUUUAAGUCGAAUAAAUAAUAUUGGUCCAGGGAUCAAAGCCAAAGAUUGUUGAAUUUGUUUAACAUUAUGAAUGUUGUGGAUUUAUUGCUAAAUUAUUCUGAAUGUAGUUACAAUUUAGUGAGUUAAGAACAGUUUAUUUCGAUUACUUUAUUACCCUCUCCAGACUGCUCAUGAUAUUUAGUCUUAGAUUGAGAUUUUAGAUAGUCUGUGGUAAGAUACAUAAAAAAGAAAAAUGAAAAAAAAAGUUAGGUUUAACUAGACUAAGGUAAGUAUAGGACCAGUGUAUUAAGAUGCUUUCCAGUAAAGUAUUUUUGAUCUUUUAGAAAGAAAUAGUGCCACAUUUUAUGAAAUAUUUUGUGCCAAAAUACAUGCAACAAUGCCAAUAAUAAACAGUCAAAGUUAAUAUAUAAAAAGUAACACUCAAUAUUCGAAACUAUUGGGUAUCUUAAAAAUUGAAACACGUUAAUUUAAACCACCAAUAACAUUAUUUUGCACCCUAGAGUAAGACCACUUUCACAGUUAGGAUAAAGAAUCUUCAAACAUAUCCCUAACGUAUCCCUUAUGUCUUCCCUUCCAGUAUUUAAUUGUGAAUUUUUGAACUUUAGUGCCAAAUAUCUAUAUACAAUGAUUUUACUUAUUUUGUGUUUGUGACGUUCUUAAAAUUAUUAUAAUUACAAUUAAUAAUAUUUUUAGUACUAGUCAAAUUGGUCUGAUGAAAAAAGACAAAACGUUAUUUAAUAAAUUCUAGUCAAAAUUAUUGUUUGGAUUGGUUAUUUUUUAUUUUAUACUGUAUUUUAUUUAACUAUACUUGUGUAUGUCGAUGAAAAAUAUAAAAAUAUGUUUGCGUGCUCUCACUUAAAGUAUUUUAUCUUAGCAAUAAAAAUAAUAAACUCAAUUAUUUAUAUAAAAAAUAUAUACAAAUAAGACAAUGUAUAGAGCUUCUUAACUUUAAGUAACACGCAGGUAUAGUAGAUUAUAAUCUAUACAAAUAACUCGGUGACGUUAAGAGUUACUAGAGAGAGAAAGGUAAUUCUAUAGCUGUGAUGUACGAUUGAAGAAGCACUUUUGUGCUGCAUGCUACGUCAUUUUAAACUGAAGAGGUGUCGGAGGGCAUGUGAAUAGUUCUAGAGGGCGCUUCGUAGCGAGGUCACGUGGUCACAGAACGUAGGACGUCGCUAAUGUAAUUCGAUGAGCGGCGAUUUAUUAUUUACGUGGCAUGCUAUUAAUGGCAAUUGUAACGCAGAUACUUUCUGAUAAAGAAGUAUUUAUUAGUCUAUUGGUGUUGUUGAAUUAUACAUUUAGUACAAUGACAUUUAAAAAUAUUACUUAUGUACUAUUUUCGAGUAUAUAAAUAAUUUGCAAUACUUUGAAAACAUCCAAUAUUGUAAUCGUAUUAUCUUAGGUAUUAUUGUUACUGUUAUUUUGAUUUGCUCAAUUAUUUAAAUGUUUAUAUAAGCUAGAUCUGAAGUAAUCGUGUUAGUUUUGUUGGAAUUUAAUUGUAGCUUAAAUAUUUAAUGCGACGCUAAAAUGUCCGUCGUCUUCGGAUGUGUGCAAGAAUUUCCACUAGGAAAACAAGAAGACAACAUCCAUGUCUAUGUCUACUUUGUCUCUUUAUAUAAAUUAUUAAAUAUGCGUAAUGAACACUUCUAAUGUUUAUUAUACAGAUCAGUGUCGUGAAUUAAUAUUUUAGGGUACGCAUAAUAUUUACAUUUUUAAAUGUACCCCCCAAUAAUCCAGCCAAAGGAUAAAAAAUCUAUUAGUUAUUUUAUUAAAAUCUCUGUUUAAAAAAUUAUUUGCAUGUUUUUGUUGAAAAAUUAUACGCAAUAUGUUUUAAAAAAAUCAUAAAAUUUCGUGCCUUCUUAUUUCUUUUUAUAUUUGCUUCGUUUCGAUAUGUAUGACUUAAUUAUUAGCCUUUUAUAGACAGGGUCAACUGCGCUGUAAAAUAGUGUAAUUAAAAUCAAUUUUAGCAAAUAUUUACUAAAUGUAAUAGUAAAUUUUUAUUCGUGUUAGCACCUGAAUUUUUUAUUGUUAUUGCACCUUUUUGGAAACUCCCUCUUAAGAAUUUGUGACUAUUAGUACAAGAUGAAAUUAAUAUCACUUGAAAAGUUUUUAAAAAUUGGUAUGAAACGCAUUCAUUCCUCUUAGACUGCGAAGUUUUGAAAGAAAAAUUGUAAUGUUGCCACGUAAAAUAUGAUGAAAGUAAUUUUGAAAUCUCUAAAGGUUUCCGAUGAUUGGGUAAAAAGGGUUGUGUAGUUUGUUGUGCUUAUACAAUAUUCAACUCAAUAUAAAUAUUCGCUUAAUUCUUCAAACACACACUUCAAUUUGGAGUUGCAAAUCUCGAUUUAUGAUAUUGUAGAAUACCAGGGUAAAUAAUAAUAAUUUUAGUCGAUAUAAGUUUACUUCACAAACGAGUUUAAAAUCACUAUACAAAUAAUUCUAAAGCUUAUCUUUAUCUGUUGUAAAAUUUUGAGAAUAUUUAAGAAAUGUACUUAGAAUCUUAUCUUGUCUUUGUGAAAUAAGAAUAAUUAAUUAAAUUGUAUAAUUUUAAAAAGCAUAAUUGACGUGGUAUACGAAUGUUUGACGAGUCUAGAGUGGGCUGAGCCAUUUUUUAAUUCGUUUAGCAAUAAAGUCAUUCGUACUUUGACUGAGUAUAGUUAAGAUCUAUAUCAGAACAAUAACUAAUAACAAAAUAUCUGUCAAUCUCUUUUACAAUUUUUAUAAGCAUUUAAAUUAUUUAAUUAUAACCUUUUUGAUCAACAUUGUGGCUAUCUCGAUGAUCAUCUCUCCAAAAACUUCUUUGCAAAUAAAUAUCACACCCAUUUUUGUAAUAUAUUGAUCUAUAUUAUAUGUGGUGUUCAAAUUCUAAAAUAAUUGAUGUAUUACAAUUUAUAGUGAUGCAAUUAAAUGGGCCCUGAAAGGUUCUGUCUAUAUUUAUAAGUGUCAUUAUUUUUUAAUUAUUUUAAUUGAUAAAGCAAUAAUUACUUAAUUAAUUAUUUUACAUAAUGAAAAAGAAAUGUUUUAUUAUCCUUGUAUGGCUCAUACAUAAUUUUUUUUUGUAUGUUUAUGAAAAAAUAAUAUAAGAGUAUUGUAAUAUAUUUUUGACUACUUAUACUAGUUACUUAACUUGAUUCUGUUCUACCCUCAAUGUUUGUUCAAAAGACAGAGCCUUCAGUUAAUGUAGGUACUUAAUCAUUUAUGUUUUUGCAAAUCUUUAGUGGUACUAUAGAUAGGUGACACGUAGAUCGAACAGUUAGAUUUUCACUUGUCAUAUCUUUCAAAUAUCAAUGUAAUUGUCAACAUAUCUAAUCGUUUUGUGAAUUGAAUUGAUUAAUGUUAAUAUAAAUGUUGUACGUACGGUUACAGUAUACUGUCAUUAUGGUUAGUUUCGAUAUAAUUAAUGUUUGUUUUCAUUAUGUUUAUUCAAUAAAGUGUGUAAAUAAAAUAAA